AUGUCUCCCUCCGAUUCUAAGGCCGAACAGGCUACUGUUGAAGUUAAUCUCAACGAGCUGAAUGCUUCUAAGGAUGCGGUGCUCAUGCGGUUGAUGACCAUCCAAGCUUACAUUGCCGACCUGAGCAAAGCCUACCUGGAACAUGCCAACAGUGUCGCUACCGGUGGCCCUGCCACCAUUGACAUCCCUGCUGUGCCCGCCGGCUUGAACCUAAGCAACUUUGAACGGCCCAGCAGCCCUGGCGCCAAGUCUGAGGCUGGCACCAAGAAGCGCAAGCGUGCGCCCGUGGACCCCAAUGCACCCAAGCGUGCCCUGACCCCAUACUUCCUGUACAUGCAGAGCAACCGCGCAAAGAUCGCCGCGGACCUGGGCGAUGUUGCCAAGCCUAAAGAUGUUGCUGAUGAGGGCACACGUCGCUGGCAGGAGAUGCCUGCUUCGCAGAAGGAGAUCUGGAAGGAGCUGUACUCACAAAACUAUGAGAAGUACAAGGCUGACAUGGCCGCGUACAAGGCCGGCAAGAACGAAGAGGACCAGGACCCUGCUGCUACCCAGCUGCAGGCUGACUUUGCUGAUGCUCCCAAGGAGGCUUCUGAUAAUGAGACUUCUUCUUCCUCCUCCGAAGAUGAAGAUGAGGAAGAAGAAUCCCGCGAGUCCUCCCCGUCUCCCGCUCAACCUCCUCCCAAGGAGAAGACUCCCCCGCAGCACCAAGCGCCGCCGUGGCAGUGA